GGGGGGGCACGUCCGGCGGCUCUUAAAGGGGGCACGGCCCGGGGUGGGGCCCCCUCGGCGCGGGAUGGAGCGCGGAGCGGCGGAGGAGCCCCUGCCCGUGUCCCCGGCGCGGGGGGGUCGCCCCCGAGCCCCCGAGGUUGUCCGGCGGCAGCGGCGGCGGGAGUUGGACGCGCGGCGGAGCCGCUGCCGGAUCCGCAUCGGGGGGCACCUGGAGCGCUGGUGCCGCCUCAAGGAGCAGCUCGGCUUCGCCCUGCACUCCCAGCUCACCCAGUUCCUGCUCGACAGGUACAGCAACCCCGGUGGCACCCGGAGCUCAGCCCCCCAGGUGCCCCCAGAGCCGUCCCCCGUGGCAGCAGUGGGCGGGAGCUCCAGCCCCGAGAAGGAGCCUGGGAAUGAGCCCCGGGAGCAGGAGGAGCAGGAGCAGGAGAAGGACCAGAAGGAGGAGGAGGAGGAGGAAGAUGACCUGGCCUACAGUGGUGACCUGAGGGACCAGAGCUACCACCCGGGCCUGGGCAGCUGCCGGAGGAGGACGCAGGGGAAGGACGAGGAGGAGGCUCAGAUCGGCCCCAAAAGGAUCAGGAAGGCGGCGAAGCGCGAGAUCCUCCUCUGCGACUUUGAGGGCUGCGGGAAAAUCUUCUCCAAGCACCAGUACCUGAACCACCACCAGAAGUACCAGCAUGGUACUUGUAGCCACCAGUGUGCUUGUAGCAAAUGUGGGCAGAGCCCUUCCCAGAUCAUCGUUCACGCAGCCCAGCCAUGA